GAUCGGAUUGGAUCGGAUAGAUCGGGGAUCGGAUCAAGGAUCGGAUAGAUUUGUUCCAUUCUCCCAUUCUCCAUUCUUUUAAAUAGAUGAGCAUCGCAUAUCACGUCAUAACAUCCUUAAAUAUUCACAAUAAUAGGUUUAGUCGCUUAUUAUAUGUAAGAGCUCAGUGAAGAGCCCUUUGCCGCACAAAGAAGAAGCACUAAGCGCAAAGAAGUAACUACUUGUUACAUGCCUCCAAUCCGGACAUAUUUGUACCUACACGUCCUCCAUCAACAAUAAGCGAUGUCGAACCGUUCCAAACCUGAUGGUACUGGUAUGGCUGUUUCCGAGCAAAUGGAAACGCUUGUUCACAGACAGCAGUCGCGAAACUACAAGGGCUCAAUGCUAAAUGUCGCCUUUUUAAACCCCACCAGCUCGCAAAAUGAGGUACUUGUGAACGCUCCUGGCGAGGGCGACCUGACGAUGAAGUCGUCCAAGCUCUACACACGGGCUUUGGGUCGGCAGCCGAGCAGGAAACUGAAGUCCAAGUCCAGUGGUGAGGUGGACACUCCCGUCCAAACCAGGAAACUGUCGACUCUGCCCAGUAACGUGAUCACCGUACGCUCCAGCAUCGAGAAGAGGGACUCAUCGCGCAUGAUGACCCGCUGGGACGAGGACCUGCACAAGUUUGUCUGCACGCUCACAGAAUCCUCGCGCUUCAACGGCUUCAUCAUGUUGAUGAUCAUCUUCAACACGGUGGUGCUGGCGGUGGAGACCAGUCCGACACUGCGCUACGAGUACGAAAUGGCUCUGGCGAUCGUCGAUCAGAGUUUGCUAGCAAUAUACACUGUGGAGGCUAUCCUCCGCAUCUACGCCGAACCUAAAAACUACUGGCUUCAGGUGUCCAACCUGUUCGAUUUCUUGCUGGUCGUCGUGUCUCUCUGUCAGCCUGUGAUUGAGAUGUUCGUGAAGGGAGCCGGCGGCGUCAUGGUGUUCCGCAUGUUCAGGGCGCUGAAGGCGCUGCGGACACUGCGCAGCGUCAGCUUCUCGACCAACCUGCAGGUGCUGGUGUCGGCGCUGAUCGACACGAUCCGCCGCUACGUGGUCAGCGUCAUCAUCCUCCUCGUCUUCAUCAUGUUCCUGUUCGGUGUGGUCGGCUACUACCUGUUCGGCAGCAACAAGUUCGCGGCGGACGAGGCGGCGCGAGAGGACUGGGGCACGCUCGGACGCGCGAUGCUCUCGCUGUUCACCUACGUCACCGCGGACGGCUGGACGGCCGUGCAGGAUAACAUCGACGGCGCCGACAUGACUGGCAAGUGGAGCCGCCUCUACACCAUCGGCUUCAUCUGCAUCGGCCACUUCAUCAUGACCAACGUCUUCAUCGGCAUCAUCAUCAUGAACAUCAGCGAGGCUACCGAGACGUUUCGCCAGGAGCGGCGCCGUGAGCGUGAGCUGGCAGUCAGGCGAAAGAAGGCGUUCAUGAUGCAGCGUCAGCGCGAAGAUAUCAACCGUAUGAUGGAGAAACAGCGCCGCGGCAACUGGAGUAACUUCUACGAGAUGGUGCAGAGCUUCCAGGAGUCGCUCAACCACGACGACUACACGACAGUACAGGACAUGUGCACCAACCCGGUCUGGAUCCUGUCGCUGCUCAACACGCUCGACCUGCAGGAUCAGACGCUGGAGAACCUGAUGAACCUCUACUUUGAGCUGCUGCACACCCUAGCCAAGAUGUCGGAGGCGGAAGGGAAGUCCGAUGCGAAACCAGACCCGUGAGACAUAGGAGUGACGAAAUAUGAGCGCUGAAUGUCACGAUUUUCUUCAAUUUGUCACACUGUGAGAAUAAGCAUCAUACGUGCUUAUGUUGUUCACUGUCUUCUUUCUCAUUAAUUGACAAUGGUUGUGCUUAGGGUGGUGGCAACCCAUUCCAUGCCUCCGAACAUUGUGUUAUGAUAAAGUCACGCAUUUGUUUCAUGUUGACUGUUGCUACCUUGAUCAUUGUUGAGAUGACGCUGCCACGAAAGCAGUUUGUAUUUUAGGAAGCACUAUUGGACCUUUGGUGCAAAGUGCGCAACUGACUAUAUUACUGGCAAAGCCGUUCCAAGAA